GAUACACACCUGACUCCUUGGUCCAGUUGUACUAACCACUUGCCUGUGUCCUCUUGUUAUAUCGCCAACUCCAUUACAAUGAGUUACAGCUUUAGCAGCUCCUCCAGGGUUGGCAGUGGUGUCUCCUCCAGGUUGUCUGAUGGAAUCUACAGGGCUGCCAGUGUUCAUGGUGGUGGUUAUGGGGGAUCCAGCAUCUCCAUGUCUAGUGCUAAGUUAGUGUCAUCUGGACAAGGCUUUAGCUCUGGAUAUGGAGGUGGAGCAUCCUAUGGUGCAGGGUCUUUUGGCGGUGGAUCAUUUGGUGGUGCUGGAGGAUCUAGCUUUGGUGCAAACUUCUCCUCCGGUGGUGGAGAUGGAUUGCUGUCUGGCAAUGAAAAAUAUACUAUGCAAAACCUGAAUGACCGUCUGGCCAAUUACCUGGAUAAGGUGCGAUUACUGGAAGAAGCCAACAGUGACCUGGAGACAAAGAUCCGUGAAUGGUAUGCAAAACAAGGGUCAGUCGCAGUACGUGAGCAGAGCUACAGUGGCUACUACACUACCAUUGAUGAACUGCGUGAUAAGAUAUUUGCUGCAACAAUUAACAACUCUAAACUUGUUCUGGAGAUUGAUAAUGCCAGAUUAGCAGCUGAUGACUUCAGAAUCAAGUACGAGAAUGAACUAUCCCUGCGCCAGAGUGUUGAUAAUGAUAUCAAUGGUCUCCGACGUGUGCUUGAUGAAUUGACCAUGAGCAGGUCAGAUCUGGAGCUUCAAAUUGAAGGCCUUAAGGAAGAACUGGUUUACCUCAAGAAGAACCAUGAGGAGGAAGUCGGUGAGAAGCAACAGCAUGCAACUGGCACUGUGAACGUGGAAUUAGAUGCUACCCCAGGAGUUGAUUUAACCAGAAUUUUGAAUGAACUCCGAGAGCAGUAUGAACACAUUGCAGAGAAAAACAGAAGGGAAGCUGAGGCCUGGUAUCUUGGUCAGGUUGAAUCUUUGCAAAAUGAAGUUGUUGCCAGCACACAAGAAGUACAAACCACUAAGUCCGAGAUUACGGAUCAGAGACGUAACUACCAGGGCUUGGAAAUUGAGCUGCAGUCCUUGUUAAGUGCUAAAGCUGGUCUGGAAGCCAACUUAGCAAGCGCAGAGGGACGCUAUUCAGCACAGCUAUACCAGAUGCAAUCUAUCAUCGGUGGCAUUGAGGGUCAGCUGUCAGAGCUCCGCUCAGACCAAGAACGCCAGAAUCAGGAGUACAGAGCCCUGCUAGACAUCAAGAGUAGACUGGAACAGGAGAUCGGCACAUACCAUCAACUCAUAGAUGCAGACAGCAGCAAAAUCGGUAUCGGAGGUGGAAGUGCAACAUCAGCAACCUCCACUACAACCAAAGUACAAGCCAUCAUAAAGGAGGAAAUUGGCGGAAAGGUUAUUUCUUCAACAUCUUACAAGAAGUAUUAAGGUUCCACUGCCAACCAAAGAACAGUUCUCUAUCUUCUGGCUAACAAACAGUAGAUACUAAUGAAUUAAAGGGCACACGUGUAUGUUAUCAAUCAAGCAGAAAAACCUCUUAAAGAACACAACAAAAGCACACAGAAGAUAAUUCAUUAAACCUUCAAUCAGAUACUAAUGCAGCAUAAUUGUUUUUUAAUAGAGAUUUCUACUGUAUAUGGCUAUAUCAGAAUGUGAAACUUUAUUAAAUACAUUCAAACUGAUUUAUACUAGCGUUAGUCUAGAUUCAAAGAACGUGUUCACUAUGAUAAAACUCUUCUAUGGCCCAGUUGGCUCUUCAUAGAGAAUGUGAUGGUUGUCAAUUAUUCAAUAAACUCUUUUUUAUGGGUUGUGCAAGAAAGAA